GCCGGACCCCCCGGCCGGACCCCCGCAGCCUCCCCCCCCGCCCCGCCCCGCCGCCGGGGGUCGGAGGCGAUGCCGGACCAGAUCUCCGUGUCGGAAUUCGUGGCCGAGACCCAUGAGGACUACAAGGCUCCCACCGCCUCCAGCUUCGCCACCCGCACCGCCCAGUGCAGGAACACGGUGGCGGCCAUCGAGGAGGCUCUGGAUGUGGAUCGGACUGUUCUUUACAAAAUGAAGAAAUCCGUGAAAGCAAUAAACAUAUCUGGUUUGGCUCAUGUGGAAAAUGAAGAGCAGUACACUCAAGCCCUGGAGAAGUUUGGUGGCAACUGUGUGUGCAGGGACGAUCCCGACUUGGGCAGCGCAUUCCUGAAAUUUUCUGUGUUCACAAAGGAGUUAACGGCACUUUUCAAAAAUCUGAUUCAGAACAUGAACAACAUAAUCACUUUUCCUUUGGACAGUCUGCUGAAGGGAGACCUGAAAGGUGUAAAAGGGGAUCUGAAAAAGCCCUUUGACAAAGCGUGGAAGGACUAUGAGACAAAAGUAACAAAAAUAGAAAAGGAGAAAAAAGAACACGCCAAGCUCCAUGGGAUGAUUCGGACUGAAAUAAGUGGGGCUGAGAUUGCUGAAGAAAUGGAGAAGGAAAGAAGAUUCUUCCAGCUUCAGAUGUGUGAGUAUCUGUUGAAGGUCAAUGAAAUCAAGAUAAAAAAGGGAGUUGAUCUACUUCAGAAUCUGAUCAAGUAUUUCCAUGCACAAUGCAACUUCUUCCAGGAUGGACUGAAAGCUGUUGAAAGCCUCAAGCCUUCCAUUGAAACCCUUUCAGCCGAUCUUCACACAAUCAAGCAGACCCAGGAUGAAGAAAGAAAGCAGCUUACGCAACUCAGAGAUAUUUUAAAAUCUGCUCUCCAAGUUGAGCAGAAAGAGUCUAGGAGAGAUUCCCAAAUUCGUCAGAGUACAGCAUACAGUUUACACCAGCCUCAGGGAAAUAAAGAGCAUGGCACUGAAAGGAAUGGCAAUCUCUACAAAAAAAGUGACGGAAUCCGAAAAGUAUGGCAGAAAAGAAAGUGUUCCGUUAAAAACGGGUUUCUGACGAUAUCGCAUGGUACAGCUAACCGGCCUCCUGCGAAGCUCAAUCUGUUAACCUGCCAAGUGAAAACAAACCCUGAAGAGAAAAAGUGUUUUGACCUUAUAUCACAUGACAGAACAUAUCACUUUCAAGCAGAAGAUGAACAAGAAUGUCAAAUAUGGAUGUCUGUGCUCCAGAACAGCAAAGAAGAAGCCUUAAAUAAUGCAUUUAAAGGUGAUGACAACACUGGAGAAAAUAACAUUGUCCAGGAACUGACCAAGGAGAUUAUAUCUGAGGUCCAGAGGAUGACAGGGAAUGAUGUGUGUUGUGACUGUGGAGCACCAGAUCCUACCUGGCUAUCCACCAAUCUGGGCAUUCUCACAUGCAUUGAGUGUUCUGGAAUCCAUCGAGAGCUGGGAGUUCAUUAUUCUAGAAUGCAGUCCCUCACAUUAGAUGUAUUGGGAACGUCGGAGCUUCUGCUUGCUAAGAAUAUUGGAAAUGCUGGCUUUAAUGAGAUUAUGGAAUUUGGCCUGCCAGCUGAAGACUCCGUCAAACCUAGUCCGAACAGUGACAUGAAUGCAAGAAAAGACUACAUAACUGCCAAGUAUAUUGAGAGGAAAUAUGCAAAGAAAAAGUAUGCAGACAAUGCAUCCAAACUACAUAAUCUUUCUGAAGCCGUCAAAGCAAGAGAUAUUUUUGGACUGCUCCAAGUCUAUGCUGAUGGUGUGGAUCUUACAGAAAAAAUCCCGCUAGCCAAUGGACAUGAACAAGAUGAAACAGCUCUUCACCUUGCAGUCCGAUCAGUGGACCGAACGUCACUGCACAUAGUUGACUUUUUGGUUCAGAAUAGUGGGAACCUGGACAAACAGACAAGUAAAGGCAGUACAGCCCUGCACUAUUGCUGCCUGACUGACAACGCUGAGUGCCUCAAGCUUCUGCUCCGGGGAAAGGCCUCCAUUGAAAUAGCCAAUGAAUCGGGAGAGACUUCGCUUGACAUCGCUAAGCGCUUAAAACAUGAACACUGCGAAGAACUGCUUACUCAAGCCUUAUCUGGAAGGUUUAAUUCUCAUGUUCAUGUCGAGUAUGAAUGGCGACUGCUCCCUGAGGAUCUAGAUGAGAGUGAUGACGACGUAGAUGAGAAAUUACAGCAGCCUAGUCCUAAUCGGAGAGAGGACAGGCCCGUCAGUUUCUAUCAGCUAGGAUCCAGUCAGCUUCAGCCUAACGCAGCAUCUUUGGCAAGAGAUGCCGCCAACAUCGCUAAAGAUAAGCAGAGGGGAUUUAUGCCCAGCAUCUUGCAAAAUGAAACCUAUGGAGCGAUCCUCAGUGGCAGCCCUCCCACUCAGCCUGCAGUCCCUGUCACCACCAGUGCACCCCCUCUGCCUCCCAGGAAUAUUGGCAAAGCUCAGCCCUCCCUCCUGAGCAGUGGUGUUCAGACAGCCUCUUCAGCUCACAGCUUGUGGAAGACAAACUCUCUGGGCGUGGACAGUGGCAGCAGGCAGCGAUCGGCGUCCGAUCCGCCCGCGCUCCAUCCCCCGCUGCCCCCUCUGCGCGUCACGUCUACGAAUACUCUGACGCCAGGGCCACCACCUCCUGUAGCCAAAACAGCCAGUGUGAUGGAAGCAUUAAGCCAGCAAUCCAAGCCAGUCCAGCCAGCUGCGCCUCAACCCAAAGCCACCCCACCACCUCUACCCCCACAGCCUCCUAGUCGAAUCGCACAGAAAAAACCUACUCCUGGGGUUGAAAAGUCAUCCCCUUUGAUUAACAAGGGCCAACCCAGGGGAACCGGAGAAGUCUCCUCUGGGCCAGAAACUUCAUCAAACACACCUGCCCCCAUGCAGCCUCCAGCCCCGAUGCCGAGGAAGUCGCAGAUAUCAAAAAUUAAACCCAAAAGGGUAAAAGCCCUGUACAACUGUGUAGCGGAUAACCCAGAUGAGUUAACGUUCUCAGAAGGGGAUAUUAUCAUCGUGGAUGGGGAGGAGGACCACGAGUGGUGGAUUGGCCAUAUUGAUGGGGAUCCUAGCCACAAAGGAGCUUUUCCUGUAUCAUUUGUGCACUUUAUUGCUGACUAAACUGCUACUGAACAAGAAUACAGAAAUUUCUCAUUUCCACCUAUUUGUAGAUGUCAAUAUUUCACCACCGGUACCAAAAUUUCUGCCAGAAAAUUAUUUUUUGAGUUGUAUUGUACUGUAGUGGACUUAUUAUCACUGUUCUGUUUUCCCAAUGUGGAGAGAACUAUUUUUACAUGAAUAAGUAGGGUUUUUUUUUUAACUUGUCUUCCUCAUGAAACAAUGAUUUACUUGUUUUUAAGGUGAACCGAAGAAUAUUUUAGAAACGUAUUUAAGAUGGCUAACCGGAAAGUUAAAUCUGUUGAAUUUAACAGGUACACACUUAAAUGAUUAAAAAUAAAAUUCCUCUGUUACUGACUUCAAAAGAUUGAGUUCAGAGUUGUUUUUCUCCUGCAAGCCUUAGUACAUGUGAUGUUAAUUAUUUUAGGGAAAUCAAUGAUAACAUUAUCAAUUGCCGGAGAACCUAAAACCAUAAACCAAAGUCUUUUCUGAUGAAAUGCCUUGAGUCCACCUUAUUGAAGUAUAUUCCUUUUUAAUCCAUUUUAGAUGUUUGACAACUUCGACAUCUCUACAUUAGCUGUUGUACCUUCUGAUUUUUUUUAUGGUGGAGAUACUCUCUGUAUCAUGUGCUGCAUGUGUGUGUAACCUGUUCUGAAAAUUCUGUGUACUGCUAUUCUUAACAAUCCUAAUGAACAAGACUACUCUCUAAAACUAAUGGCCAUAUAGUCAGUCAGUUUAAUUCUAGGCUAUAAAAACUGCAUUUCCUGAAUUUGGUUAAAAACUAAGGAUGAUGGAUUUGCAGAAUAGUUCUUCAGCCCAACUCUACAUUUUAGAUGGAUUUUUGCACCUUGAAUUCCUUAAAUUACAAAGAAAUACUUUUAACACAAAUAGACUGUCGUGGUGGACCAUAUAUUGAUCUGUAGUCAGCGGGCAUUUAUCGACAAAAACACUAGUUCAUCUUAACUGCUGUUUUCACAGUAUAGCACUGCUUUUUCCAAACACACUGAAAGUUAGCUUGCUAACUCAGGUGUGUGAUUGUGUAUUUAUAUAAUAUACCAAUAUAAAUGGUAGUUACACUGGGUUUUUUUUAAAUCUCAAAGCGUUCAUUUGAACAUUAAUGUGAGUUCAGAGGUCCCCAUUACAAAAUACUUCCAAACAUGGGUCUAAAGUUUCUGUUAACUCUUUUUUUUUUGGUGUAUUUAACCACUCCUUAAAAUAUGGUACAGGAAAAAUUAGUACUUAAGAAAAUCAUAAUAUUUUGUGUCACCUGAGUUAUAACAUUUAUUUCCAAUCUACCCAUCACAUGAUUGUGGUUCAUGUGAUCACCUAAAAAUAAGAAUUAUAGAGUUUUUUAAAAAAAUGUGCACACUCUGGCCACUUAGGAUGAAGAAGAUAUUAAAUUACACUCUGGCAUAAAAUAUGGCAUUAAUGCUGGAAAAUAACUUUUUUUUUAAUACUUAAAAUGGUACAUUUGAUUGAGGCAGCUUGUCUUCACAAGGUGAGAAGAUUGAGUGCAGCUUUCUCUGUAUUAUUAUCCCCAAAACUCAUGCUAUAGUAUAAAUGGAAAAAAAACUGGCAUUUUUUAGGAUGUUAUGCGUUUUGAGAUCUUGCCUUCCAAGGAUCCCUGUAUUAAUGUGCUUAAUCUGCAAUACUAGAAUUUCUGCUAGCGUUACAACUGUUUACUGAUAAUAUCCAGUUUUUUCUUGCAGAUACCUUAAUUCCCCCAUAGAUACAAAAAAGUAAACUGAUGAAUUUUGCAGUUCUUUCCUUACAUUAAACACAAUCUUCUCGCACUUGUAGAGAAGCAGCAUGACCUAAGUGGAGAGAACAUGGGCUUGGAAGUCAGCGCACUGGGGUUUUAAUCCCAGC